UAUAUUCAGUUCAGUCCUGAACAAAUUUUUGAACUAAUAUAUUACAAUUUCGAAAAUGAUCCAGGGCCGUUUCUGUCGGCGAGGAAACUGGAUUAAAAUAAUAUUCAUAAAACCUGCGCUUGGGCAUGGAAAACGAUAUUUAAAUAAAAAUAAUCAUGAAGGAUAAAGCAUUUAAGACACAAUCAGGAGAGACCGAAAUAAAAGAAAAUGCGUCAUUGCGAGCAAAAAAUUAUCCAGUGAAUAUAAUUCAUAAUUUUAAGCUAGACGAAAAUAGUGACCCCUCAGCCAUGACAAAAGAUAAUACAGACCACAACGAAGUCAAGGGAGGAGAAGAUGAUGACAAACUCGAUCGAAAAGAUAACAAUGGCGACAUUAAUGAAGAAAACAAUGUGAGUGACGUGAUCAAAGAUAUGGACGACAUACUGGAUCUGGUGGGCACCGGACCCUGGACAUACAGAGCCUACGCAGGUGCCACGUUCGCUGUGAUGACAAUUGCCGUGAAUUUAAUGGGAGCAGAAUUCACCGCUCCCGCAGUUCCCUUCUCCUGCUCAGACGAUCUGUACGAUGACGUCGCACCUGUUAACGGAACCGAAUGCUUCGUGGUACUGGUGCAAAAUGAGAGCUUCACCUCAGAGCGGCCAUGCCAGCAUUUUACCUUUGACAAUUCAACAUACGGCAACACCAUCACUUCUGAGCUGGAGCUGGUGUGCUCCAAGGCGGUUCUCCAGUCAAUGUACCAACCAGCCUACACGCUAGGAGCAGUGCUUGGAGCGAUCUGUGGAGGCUGGAUGCCUGAGCAGUGA